AUGCGUCAGACCACAACUACAGGCCCUGUGGACGUUAGACCACUUCUUCCUGACUUUCCUGAAGACUGCUUGGACGCUCACAGGGCACAUUGCUCUCUACAUGGACAAAGAAUGGAGGGAGAGCAGCCCAAGGAUAUAAUUGUCUAGUCUCAAUAUUUUAGGCCAUCAUAAGGAAGUGUAGAGUCUCCUAUCAAUGUAAACCUCUACAGACUUUCCAAGACAUCUCAGCCCUUACUCUACAAAAGAGAAAUUACUUAUUUUGGUUAUUUGUCUUCUUUGUUUUAACUUCCAUUUUACCUUUUUCUUUCCCCUCUAUCCCCUGUUGCGAUGGAUAACUUGGAGGCUUACAGUUUCUUUUUUAUUAUUAUUUACAAGUGUGUAGCUAUUUCAAGGGCUAAAAUCAUUCACUUUCCUGCCUUCCCAUGUGACUGUUAAAAUUAUCACCUUGAUUUAUAAUUCUUGGAUAAGCUUUUCAAAUAAUUUAAUAUUUUUAGAUAAACUUUUAAAAUAUUUUUUUCUAAAUAUCAAAAAUGUAUCAUAUAAAAUAAAUAUAUCAAUAUAUAAAAAUAAUGAACAUAUUAAAACAUAUUUUAAAAAAUAUAUUAAAUAGGGGCAGAACCAGCAGCCAUACCAAGCAGACGUGCAUCAGAUGAGCCCCCAGCAAAACAGUAAGAAAUUGCUGAUUGUUUCAGCUUUAACUUACCCCAAUGCCUAAAAACAAGGGUAAACAAAAAUAAGAACUACAAACCCUGAAAAACCUCUGGCGACCGCCAACAUCAUGGAGUUGCUCAGGAGGACACGUAUCCCGCAGAGGCCUGUAAUGGCACCUCCCUUUGACAGCUCUCACAAUCAACCAGCAAGGCCUUCGUGGAUAGCAAAAAAGCAGACAGCGAGGGAGCAUACUGCCCCGCCUUCUGCACCUACUGGAGGCUCACCGGUAAUGGAGGGCAUGAUGAGAGACCUCCUAGGCGAGCUCUGAUUAAACAUCCUGGCAAUAUAGGCCAAUUCCAAGAGGAGAUUGGAGGAGCAGAAGCCAGGCUUACCAAUCUAGAAAAUAAACUGCAGGCGUUACAACGCGAACAUGCUCUGGCCACAGACCGCAUGACAGUUAUGGAGGAUAAGAGACUGUGGAAAACUGUAAACAUGCACAGCCUUGCAGAUGGCAUGGAGGCUGCUGAAAUUCCACACUUCUUCAGGAGCCUGCUGGUGAAUCUCUUUUCUGCCAAACAGGCUAAAGUUAUGCGGCUGGAUGGCUGCUACAAAAUACCAGCAUCACCAAAAACCACUGUGGGUACCAGCAGGGAUGUCAUUAUCCACUUCUAA